AUGGCUCAAAUUCGUGAUGAGUACGGAAACCUAGUGCAGCUCACAGAUGAGCAUGGCAACCCUGUUGAGUUGACAGAUGAGCAUGGAAACCCUAUGCACCUCACGGGUGUAGCUACUAGCACGGAAACCGAAACCGGAAUAUACACCGGUUCCGGUGUGCAUGUUCCAGGAUCUGGGACCACGGGUGGGUACGAGGAGCAUGGUGGCGCGUUGGGUGCCGCUGGAGUUGCGACCGGGCUUGGAAUGUUUGGUGAUAAACAAACAAGUGAUCAACCUCAUGGGUAUGAUGGUGGUCUCGGUGAGCACCGACAACAACAGCCCUACGACGGUGGUGUUACUGGUGAAGUCCGCCGUUCUGGCAGCUCAUCAAGCUCUAGUUCUGAGGAGGAUGAUGGGCAAGGUGGGAGAAGGAGGAAGAAGGGAUUGAAGGAGAAAAUAAAGGAAAAAUUGACUGGUGGGAAGCACAAGGACGACGCUCAGCAGCAAGCACAAGGACAGGCACACACCAUAGCCGUCGGCAGCGCCAUCAGAACCACAGCGACAACUGAGCCGGAGAAGAGGAGUAUGAUGGAGAAGAUCAAGGACAAGCUGCCUGGUCAUCACAGCCGCUAA